AUGGCUGAGAUUUUGGUGUGCCAGGCGAACUCCUGUCGUCAGGGUGGCUCUCAAGCAGUGCUGCUGGAGAUUGAGGAACUGGCCAAGGCCCUCAACUGCACGGUAAAGCCUGUGGGUUGCCUUGGAGCUUGCGAUCAAGCACCCGCCGCCCUGGUUUUGAAGGCCGGCAGGGAGCGGAUUUGCACGCGCAUUAAAUCUGUGGAGAAAAGUGCGGAGGUGGUGCAACAUGCCACGGGAAGGACUUUGGAUUUGCGUGACCCUGACAUGUUGCAGCGUUUCACCUCGGUUCGGCGGGUGCGUAUUCGCCAGCAGGCAUGUCAGGAGAGCAAGUGGAAUGCAGCCUUGGCCGGCAUCAGUGAAGAAAUUGCACAAUCGAGCGGGAUGCGGCGGUGGCAGCUGCGGAUUGAGUAUGGACAGUUGCUGCGGAGGGCUGGUCUCUUCGAAGAGGCCAUGACAGAAGUCAGCGAAGUGCACAAAGCCUUCCCCACAAGCAUCGAAGUCUUGAUGGAGUUUGCCCAGAUCUUGAGCAAGUUGGGUCGAGUGGAGCACAUCACUGAUCUCGAGGCUCACGUGAGGAGCAUUUGUUGUGACCCUGAGGAUGUCCGCUUGGAGAUGGAGCUCAUCUUGCGAUUGGGCCGCCUGAAAGCUGAGGCGGUGGAGGUGACAGAGACACCGAUCGAUGUGAGGGAGCCCCGGAUUGAAGGCUAUGCCAUUUGGUCCUUGCGGGACGUGACGCUGGUGUCGAAGCAUUCGGCCAUCUAUCAUUUCGUGUCCAAAGACCGGCAGCGAGGCACGCCCAAUCCACGAGGACGUGGAAGGACCGUAUGGCCUAAAACCUGGCACGUCACCUUGCUGGCGAGGCUUGGUGCGAACUCCGAGGGCCCUUUGCCUUGGAUCGAGCGCGACUACACGCCCAUCAGUACAGCCAAGGAGUGGGAGCAGGGGCAAUGUGACAUAUUGAUCAAGAUCUACAAUGAUGGUCAGGCAACUUCAUGGCUGCAGCAACAGCCGCUGGGCAUCAGAAUUUGGUUCUCACAGCCCGUGAAGACCUUGUCAGUUCCGAGCCUUCUGCCGGAUUUGGACCAAGCACCCUUCCGGCCAGCCAGCUAUCUUCUUUUGCUGGCAGGCACUGGCAUUGUGGCAGCUGCGCAGGUCUUGCACCACGCCGAGAGGGGCAAGUGCUUUGGCAGCUCCCCCACCAUCAAUUCUCCCAUCCGGCUCGUGCAUUCAUGCCGUUCAGACGAUGUGCUCAUGUCGUUUGAGCUGCUUGACUGGUGCACCAAAGGCUUAUUGAAGAGCUGGACCCUCCUGCUCACAGAAGCAGAGGCUGGAAUGACUCCCUUUCCGGAUGUGCAAGAUGCAGACUUGACAAAUUGUGCUUCGACUCCAAAUGUGGCCAUUUUGCGAUCGAGGGUAUCGUGCGAACUCAUCCGCAAAGAGCUGAAUUUUUGCCCAAGACCCUGCAGGGUCCUUGUCUCAGGCCCCGCUGGCUUCAAUGCUGCGUGCCAGAGCAUGCUGAGGGAGGUUGGUUUUGAGAGCGAUGCUGUGACCAUUUUGAGUGCCUAA